AGGUGAGAUGUAUUCUGAUCUUAUAUGGGAAGGAUUUCAGAAUCUUAGCAUAUCAGGUCAAUGGAAAGUAGUCCUCAAACCCUAACAACCAAAUACACUUGAUUUUCUUGCUUUGGUAUCUUUUGCCACCCCCAAAAAAGAUAGCAUUCACAAUGAUGAAUCCUCUCCACCCCAAUGAUCUUUGUACAAGUGAAAGGGCAAGGAAAGAGUAGCAAGCACUUGCAUGUUGAGGAGAAAGAAGACUUUAUUGCCAUGGAUGAGAACAAGAAGUGGAUGCAUAAAGAAACUGAAAGACAAAGAAGGCAAGAGAUGGGAAAACUCUGCGCCACCCUUAGAUCGCUUCUGCCUUUAGAAUAUAUUAAGGGAAAACGCUCAACCUCUGAUUAUGUGAAUGAGGCUAUGAAUUAUAUCAACCACCUACAAAAUAAGGUGAAGCAAUUGCAAGCAAAGAGGGAUGAGUUAGUGAAGGUGUCUAAUUUGAAGAGUAAUAUUUGUUCUGAGAAUGAAAGCUCUAGCAGUAGCACUACUCAUCUUCCACCCUUGGUUUCUGUUCAUCCUUUCCCGGGAGGACUUGAGAUUAUGUGCGGUUACAGCUUCGGGAAAAGUGUGUUUCCCAUGUCAAGAGUGUUGGACAUUCUGCUUAAAGAAGGGAUUAAUGUGGUUAGCACUACUUCAAUCAGAAGAGAUGGAAGAUUCAUACACACUAUACGAUCAGAGGAUCCAAAUCAUUUGAAUAUGACUGGCGCUGAUUACUCCGAAUUGCAAAUAAAGCUAACGGAGGCAAUAAGUUUGCAAGAGACUUUGCCUGAACAUGAAAAUUGAAAUCUUGGGAAGAUAUAUUAUUUGGAGAUGUUUCUGAUCGUAUAUACUAUUAACUUGAGUGAUUUGUACAGCGGUGUACUUGUUAUUUAUCUGGUAUAAUUGUUGGUGAAGUACAAAGGGUAGCUAGCUGAUUAUUCCAUUCGCGCAAUACUCCACGAGCACGAGGUCAUUUUUAUCUCUUUUCAUGGAAGUUAGAUCAAACUCAUGGAUAAUAUUCAUGGUACUGUUCAAUGUUUUGUGUGCACGCUUCUGCAUUUAGUUCUUACAGUAGUUGUUUUUCAAUAGUCGCAUCAUAAAAUUUGAAUUUCCUGUUGUAUAUACACUGGCAUUACUUACUUUCGCAUCAUGAUAACCAUCAAGAAUUACAAUGUUGUUCAUC